GGAAGGAACGUGAACGUUCGAGAAGCGCAUGACGUUUUACUAGCAUCACGUGACCUCCGCUGUCGUAACAAUGCAUAUAAACUUACGCACUCGAGUUCGCUAUUUCUUGCGAAGAAAUUAAGGCCUGAAACAGUUGAAAGCUGAUAUUUAUUCAAAAUCAAAUUUGAAGCAGUUUUAAAAAUAUUAAAGGAAAUGUCAUUGCAAUGGGGCUGUACAUAAACGAGUGUGAUAAAGGAAACUAGUUAGAUAGUAUGUGCCAAAUCUUAUCCACCGUACAGGUUCUUUCCCAUCACUGGCAUCAGUUAAUUUUUUUUUUUUUUUUUGCUAACUUAACCGUUAAAACUUUUAACGAAACAUUAGAUUUAAAUUUGUUUUAUUUGUUAUUGCUAAGCCUAAAAUAGUAAAUACAGUAUCACACUUGGGGUUGUGUUACGUUACUCUGUUACUGUUGUGUUUGUAGUACGAAGUAUCGUUGCUGUUAAUAAUAAUAAUAUUUAACUACUGGUGUUAGUUUCUUGUGUAGAAACACCUUACUUUUCGUUUUCUUACUCUCAGUAUCAACAAAAGUCUCUCUCUCAGCGAAAUGUAUGUAGUUGAUGCUUCUGUAUUUAGUAACAGUGACAAGAAAUGUUCUGUUCAUGAAGAUACUUUGAAACAGGCAGAAAUGUGCAUAAAAGAGGAAGUAAAAGUGGAAGAUAAGUCUGAAACAGAGGAUUCCAAGACAUACAUUAACAAAUACAGUGAAAAGCAGCUUAUCAUGACUCAAGACAUAGAAAGUACAGGAGAAGUUUCAGGCUGUGAACAUGUCAAUUGUAGUAAUUUAGCAGAGAAAUCUAGUUGCCUUGAAAGAGACCAGUACAAUAGUGAUGAGUUGGGUAAAACGUUUGAACAUGAUUCACAUAUACAUAGUCACGAAUUGAUCAAUGAAGAAAAUAAUCAGAAUAGUCCUGAUACAGGUGACAAACAUUACUUGAGUAACUUUCAUAGUGUCCACACUGGAGAUGAACCACACAGUUGUGGUAUAUGUGAUAAAAGAUUUCAUAGUAGAAAUGAUUUAAGACAACAUCAGAUGGCACACGGUAUAAAUAAAAAGUACAGUUGUAAUGUAUGUGGCAAAAAUUUCAAAACCAAGAGUAACCAUAAAUUGCAUCAGAGGAACCACACUGGAGAGAAACCAUACACUUGUAAUUGGUGUGGAAAAAAAUUCAAAACAAAAAGUUACCUUAAGUUACACCACAGGAUCCACACUGGAGAAAAACCAUACUCUUGUAAUUGGUGUGGAAAACAGUAUUCAAGACAACAUAACCUAAAAGAACAUAAAAAACUCCACACAGGAGAAAAACCAUAUAGUUGUGAUAUGUGUGGCAGAAAAUACAGAUUACUAGAUAGCUUUAUAAAACAUAAGAGUACACACAAUACAGAAGAACCAUACAGUUGUGAUGUAUGUGACAAAACAUUUAAAACUAGAAAUUAUUUAAGGCAACAUCAGAUGUCACACAAUACAGAGGGAAUGUACAGCUGUAAUGUGUGUGGCAAAAAACUCCAAACAAUAGGUAGCCUACAAUUACAUCAGAGAAUCCACACUGGAGAGAAACCAUACACUUGUGAUUGGUGUGGUGAACAGUUUUCAAGAAGAGAUAGACUGUAUGAACAUGAAAUGAUUCACAUAGGAAUAAAACAGUACUGUUGUGAUGUUUGUGAAAAAAAAUUCACAAAAUUAGAUAGCUUUAGAAAGCAUAAGUUGACACACACGUUGCCACACAAUAUAGAAGGAAAGUACAGUUGUGAUGAGUGUGGUGAAAAGUUCCAAAAAAAAAUUGACUUGAGAAACCAUCAUAGUGUCCACACUAAAGAGGAACUAUACAGUUGUGUUCAUUGUGGUGAAAAGUUUUCAAGACAAGAUACCCUAGAUAUACAUGAAAUGAUCCACAAAGGAGAAAUACCUUACAAAUGUGAUGUUUGUGGAAGAAUAUUCACAAGUGUAAAUAACUUUAGAGAUCAUCAGUUAACACACAUUAUAGAGGGACAAUUAACUUGCAUUGUAGAGGGAAUGUACAGUUGUGAUAUGUGUGAUAAAAAAUUUGAAAGUAAAGAUUACUUAAGGCAACAUUGGAGGUUGCACAAUGUAGAGGGAGUGCACAGUUGUGGUGUGUGUGGCAAAAAGCUCAAAACAAUAUAUAACCUUAAAUUACAUCAGAAAAUCCACACUGGAGAGAAACCAUACACUUGUGAUUGGUGUGGCAAACAAUAUGCAUUAAAAGAUAGCUUUAGAAAACAUCAGACUACACACAUCAUAAAGGAAAUGUUUAGUUGUGAUGUAUGUAAUAAAACAUUUAAAAGUAGACAUAAUUUAAAGCAACAUCAGAGAAAACACAAUGUAGAGGAAAUGCAUGUUUGUGAGGUUUGUGGCAAAAAACUCCAAACAAUAAGUAGCCUUAAAUUACAUCAGAGGAUCCACACUGGAGAGAAACCAUUCAUUUGUGAUCAGUGUGGUGAACAGUUUUCAAGAAAAGAUACCCUAAAUGUACAUAAAAUAAUACAUACAGGAGAAAAACCAUACAGUUGUGAUGUUUGUGGUAAAAAAUUCAAAACAGUAUACAGCUUAAGAAAACACCAGUUAAAACACAGUGUAGAAAAAAAGUACAAUUGUAAUGAAUGUGGUGAAAAAUUCAAAAAUAAAAUUGACUUACAGAACCAUUGUAGUAUACAUACUGGGGAGGAACCGUAUGUCUGUGAUCAGUGUGGUAAAAAAUUUUCAAGACAAGAUAUCCUAAAUAUGCAUGAAAUUAUUCACACAGGAGAAAACUCCUUCAGCUGUGACAUUUGUGGCAAAAGGUUUCCAACAGUUGAUAGAUUUAGAAAACAUCAGUUGAAGCACAAUACAGAGGAAAAGUACAGUUGUGAUGAAUGUGGUGAAAAAUUAAAAAAAAAAUUGAAUUGAGAAACCAUCAUAAUAUCCAUACUGGGGAAGAACCAUACAGUUGUGUUCAUUGUGGUGAAAAGUUUUCAAGACAAGAUACCCUAGAUAUACAUGAAAUGGUCCACACUGGAGAAAUACCAUACAAAUGUGAU